GUCAUUGUUGCAUUGGAAUUAGAGAUCUAACAACGUAGAAUGUGACAUGCUCCUCUCAAACGAUAUGAUUUAACUCCAUCAUGAUAUUAAUAUUAUGGGUUGACCUUUACCAUUCACUUAAUUAUUAUAAUUAAGGAAGACAUUGACGGCCCAGCUCAACAAACCCUCAACACGAAAUUAGCUUGCCUCUCCUUCAUUUCCUUGUCGCUCGAUCGACAGUCGUUUUGCUUUCCUUCUUCAAAUUUGAGUAGUAAUUAAUAAAAUUGAGAGAAUCUCUGUGCCUGCUUGACAUGAUUUAACUACUAAUUAUCUUCCUUCCUCUCCUCUCGUCUGCGUUUAGUUUAGUUUAGUUUAAGAGAGUACUCAGAGCACAGCUUUAGAGAUAAUUAAUUUAAAUCAUCGGUUGCAGUAGUUGGGAUGUGAGCAUCAUCAUGAGAGAAGCUUAGCUUAGGAAGCUGACAAAGACUUAAAAAGCGAUGGAGCGCUUAGUGAUGCAAUCAAUUGGUCUGGAAUCAUAUGUACAACCAUAAUUAAUAGCAUAUAAGAAAGAAAAUGAUCGAGGUCGAUAAUUAAGCAGCUAUAGGCCUUUUUCAAGUGUGUUUUUUGUGUGCAUGAACCGAACCUGCUUCUCGAAAUAUUAGCAAAUGUGCUCAGUGCAUGCCAACCAAAGAUAAUGUCAUUUUACUAACUUUACUGUAUGUCUUUAGAGCAAACACAAGGGUUGGCCCUGCUUCUUUUUCGAAUUAAGCUCACUAUUCCUUACUUUUUUUUUUCUUCUUCUUUCUUGGGUCUUAAUUGUUUUUCCUCUUUUCUGAUCAUCAUAUAGACUGGCGUACGUCAGACGUAUACUAUAUGUCAGGUACUACUAGUGAGAUAUCUCUAUCUAGAUCAUGAAUUAAAUCGAGUUUGGGGUAUGAUACUAUACCCUAACCUCUAAUGGACCGUUGAGAUCGGCCGGAGCUUAUCUAACUACAUCUAACGACUAGAUCACCUGACGUAUACUAUACGCCUGACGUACACCAGUAUUCACCAUAUAUAUAUAUAUAUAUAUAUUCUAACCUAAUACAUGUGUUUGGCUAUUGAGGAUGUUGAUGGGUUGGAGAGAAUAUAACUAAAAACGUAUUGUUGAUUCGUAUAUAAAGACGUUGCAGGAAUACGAGAGUGUUUGAAGAGACUCAAUGAGACUUUUGUAACAAAUUAGGAGAAUAUUAAUAAGCGUUAAAAGUAUAAACGGUCUUAGUGGAUACGCAAGAGAAAUUAAUACGGCGAGGAAAAAGGAUUUCGUAAGGAUUUGAGAAAUGAUAAUCAUGUGUGAUGUUCAUUUAAUCCUGAAAUGACGUGAUUUUUGCUAGUUUAUUAUUGUCGUGGACUCACGGUAUGAAUAUAGAGAUGGGGCGAGGAUAUCAUAACGCUUCAAUUAUUUUCUGAGAGAAUUUGAUUGUUGAUAAAAUGUGAGGAAUUUCUUAGAGAAUUUAUGAGAAAAUGCAUGUAUUCCAAUUUCUCCAUUUUUGAAAUGACGGUUUAGUUUGAAAUGCAAAACCCUAAAGCCUAGAGGGUAUCCCCUCAACCACAACCAACAUUUCCUUCUCUUUUGUUUUCUCUCAUGAUGAGAAGGAAUAUGUAAAGAGGAAGCCAUUCUUUAAACUAUAUAUGUUCGAAUUUCAAAGCUAAAAAUGAUUCAUCAAAGAAAACAAAAAGGUUGGAAGGUGGGGAUUGUUAGAAAAUAAAAAGAGUCCCUUUGAUGCAACAAUACGAAGUGGGAAACUUGUGGGGGCACAUUUCUCUGUUCCCCUUCAAUUUCCCCCCAAACAAUAUCUCAAACAAAAUUCAAUAAUAAUAAUAAUAAUAAUAAUUUAUGAAUUAUUUAUUGAAAAAACAUAAAUUGUGUCUUCUGCCAGACAGCCACACACCUAAAAUUUGUCACAAGUAGGGAUGACAAUUAAACUUAUGAUCAUGAAUAUCCGAUCGUCUUUGAUAAACUCAAUGCAGAGAAUUCUCGUAUUAACCGGAUAUGGUAAACCUGGAAAUAUAUAUAUGAUGUGGAUAUGAUUUUGGGAUGCUUUGAACUUGAAUUAACAACAGUUAUAAGUUUAUUGAGUUGAUGAUUAUAAUCGAUAAUAUACAUGUUUCAUAGGAUUUAUUGUACUGAUUUUACGUAUAAUAGUAUUGGAUAUACAUAAUGGAUAUUAUCAACGGGUAUCCAAAAAUUGUGAAUAUAAGAAUGAAGUUGCAAAACCUCUUAUGCCGUUAUAUACGAGAAAUGUAAAAAUUUGUGUGUUGCUAAAUAAAAAUAGAGAUAAUUUAGAAGAACCCGCUCAAAAUGGACCAUUUGUCAAUCACAAAUAGGGUUGUUAAUGAACCAAGCCGCUCAUGAACGGCUCGGUGUCCGACUCGAGAAAAACUCGUUCGACACUCGAUUCGUUUUAAUUGCGUCGGUUCGCGAACAAGUUCGUUAACUAAACGAGCCGAACUCGAGCCAUAUACCAUGUUCAGCUCGAAACCUCGCGAACAAGUUCAUUUAAUGGUUUGGCAUAAAAAGAAAGUAUUAGAAUUCAUGGAUUUCAUGUAUUGAAAUUGGGAUAAAUAUUGUGUUUUACUUUGAUAGACUUUGCUACAGGUUUGAAUAUAAUUUUGUGCUCGCGGUUCUCGGUCAAUCUUGAGCUAUCAUGAACAUUUUAUGAGCUGAACUUGAUUUUGGACUCGUUAAACUUAUUUGACGAGCCGCGAGCUCGCGAACUUUCAUUUUCAUAAACGAGCCGAGCUCGAGCUUGCAUAUUAUAAAACUCGUGACGAACACGAACCGAGCUCGAGCCUGAAAAUAUAUUAACGAGCCGAAUCCGAACAAUGACAAAGCUCGACUCGAUUUGGCUCAGCGGUAAUUACAAACACGAAACAAGGCAUAGUUUUACAUACAUAUCCCUGCCCAAAAUUAAAACAAUAAUAAAUAACAAAUACCGUAAUAUCUAUCUGGUUCCCGCUCUAUAUAUAUAUAAACCAAAUCCCACAAAUCCAAACCAGGAAUCAAUUCACUUCCAACAAAUUCCAAAUUUCCCCUCUUCUCUCUUUCUCUGAAAAAUGGAAACCUCUCAACAGCAGCAGCACCCGCUCUCAAUCGAGAGCUUCUCCUACAGCUGGCUCGCCGCCAACCUCAAACCCUCGCUGGAAACCUUACUUGACGCCGCCGCCGCCGCCGCCGACGAGUACUCGCCGGCUUCCAGUUACAUCGAGAUGGACCCCCACAUGCCGCCGUCCAAGAGGUUCUUCCGAAGCUACUCCUCCUCCCACGAAUUCAACUUCGAAUUCCCGGCCGAUCACUCGCCGCCGAUGAACCACGCCGACGAGCUCUUCGCCGACGGCUACCUCGUGCCUUUCUUCCUCCGCAAGGCGGCGAGUCACCGGAACCACUGCGACGACGAUUGUGAAGACGAAACGUCGUCGAAUUCGGUUGCUUCAAGCCCCGACUCAACCGGCUCGACCAUCGAUGAUAGACCGGUUCGGUCGGGCCUGAAGAAAACGCGGCGGUGCUCGUCGUUUAGGCGGGUUGUGGAGAAGUACUUGGAGCUAAUUGGGCCGCUGUUGGGCAAGUUAUCGGGCCGCCGAGGUGGGCCCAAGAACCGGAGGUCAUUGAGCUCGAGGUCGGAAGGGAUGGUCAUGGAUAGUAGUAACAAGAACAAGAAGAAGUUGAUGAUGAAGAGAUGGCUGUCCUCCUCCGGCGAGUCGUCGCCGCGGCGGGUCAGCGCGGCGUAUUCGGAGGACGGCUGGCGGAGAUCGGCUUCGUCGUCAUGUGAUUCCGAGAGCUCGAUUCGAGAGGCCGUCCUCCAUUGUAAAAAAUCUUUCGGGAAAUGAUGGGAUUUUUGGAUGGAGAUGAAGUUUGGAGGGGAAAUUAGCAAAAAGGAAGAGAAGGGAGAAAGGAACAAAUAAUGAGAUUGUCCAUAUUAUAGAUAGAAUUCACAUGGAGGAUGGCUAGGCUGGAAAUGAGAGGGAUAUGUUUCUUCCACUUGUUUCUUGUUCUUCUUUCAUGUUAAUUUUUCUUCUUCUUCUUCUUCUUUCUCUGUUGGUGCCCAGCUGGUGGUGGAGAUGAUAUGAGAGGUGUAAAUUUGUUGAUAAGAGAGGAAAGCUAGCCACAUGGUUUUUUUUUUUUUUGUAAUGGUGAGGAGAAAGGGGGAAAACUAAUUAGUUAAUUAAUUAGAUUUAUGGAGGAAUUAUAUAUAUAUAUAUAUAUAUAUAUAUAUAUAUAUAUAAGAUAUUUUGUUCUUCCUUUAUCUGUGGUUGGUUCAUAUUAAUGUUUGUUUCCAUGGAGGGGAAGAGAGAGCAGGCAUGUCCACAGGCUUGAGAGUUGAGAGCCUCCUUUGCCUUGUUUUAUUAACAUAGUUUAGUCGGUGAUAAUAUGAAGAUCGUUAGACUUAUUGGUUAUCAGUAAUCUCAAUACGAAAGAUUUACUGAUUUACGUAUGUUGCCAGUUUUGCGGAUAACUAAAUGAUGUAAGACAUUCAAUUGGGUGUUUGAGGAGGUGAAAUAAUCCAUGCAAGUAUCUUUAAGUUCAGAAAGCAACUGAGUUAUUAAUAUUGGACUUUCAUUGAUGAAUAGUGAUAUAACUGUCACCUGUUUAUUAUCCAAGGGACUCCAUAUUCAAAAACCUUAAAUGCUAGUUUGGUGAGGCCUUUGGAUGAAGCAUCUUGCUUUUAGAUAUAUCAUAUGUCACUCUCCAACACGCCCCCUCGAACGAAAGCCAACUCAUGGACUUGAAGUUUGCACAGGCUCAUCAUGCCAUGUGCUUGAAAGACAACGGUUAAUAUUGGGGGUCGUGGAGAUAUACCACUCUCUAAUUCCGAUUGUAGCAGGUAAAUUUUAUUUACACUGAAAAUGUGAAGGAAGAGCGGUAAAAAAAAUUUAUCACAGGUUCAGACAAUUAAUUACAUGCACAUGCCUUAAACUCCAAUCAAUAUUAUUGUUGUUCCCACCAUAGCCAUAAAGUAGUUUUCGGAUGCAGAUAUCAUCAAUUAUUUGGGCUUGUUGCUAUUUAGGAUGAGAAUUAAUGGAAUGUGGAUCCCUCAGCCAUUAAUUAACCUAACUCCAACUAUAAAUUUUGAGGGCAAUAUUAACCGUAAGUGCAUACGCAACAACUAGUAAUUCAUAACUUGGUCAAAACUCAAAAGCAAAAGCUCCCUAGCUUACUAAUAAUCACAUCCUUGGGUUAAUGACUAUAGGUAGAAGGCUAAUUAUUUAUGUAUCUAGACGUUCUUCUAAAACAGUCACGAUAUCGUACCAUAUUGAUUUUUGGUACCUUCACACUUCUGGUUGGUGGUCCUUUGUGCUUAAUCAUUCUAGAAUACAAUAUAGUUAAAGUUUAACUUGAUUAAUGAUUAAGAUAAUUUAUCGUUAAGAUGAAUGAAAUGGAUUAAGUGUACAACCAAAAACUUAAACCUAAAUUUUUUUGCAAUGAAAUGGAAGGAUGAGGAAAUCUAGAUGUUAUUCUACAACAGUCACGACCUCGUAUUGAUCUUUAAAAAUAUUUAUUUUAGACACUUUCGCAACUUCGGGUAGUGUACAACCAAAAUGUUAUGCCUGAAAAUUUUUGGCAAGGAAAUGGAGACCUAAAAUUUUUUUGCAAUGAAAUGAAAGGACGAGAAAAUCUAGAUGUUCUUCUACGACAGUCACGACCUCGUAUUGAUCUCUAAAAAUAUUUAUUUUAGACACUUCCGCAACUUCAGAUAGUGCACAACCAAAAUGUUAUGCCUAAAAAUUUAGGCAGGGGAAUGGAGGUGCGGGGAAUCAAACCCCGUGCCUCUAGCAUGCGAAGCGAGCGCUCUACCAUAUGAGCUACACCCCCUUAUUGCUCACAUUAUAGAAUCAAUCCUUCAAGUUGUGCCCAAAAAAAUAUAUUCAUUAGAAUUCAUCUUAAAGGUUAUAUCAUUUCACAAUAAACUGAUUCCUUUGAACCUCAAAAUUAACAUGAUGAUUGUAGCGAUAAAAAAUAAUAAUAAUUCAAUUCAUUCAACAUUCAAACCUUGAUAUAUAUUAUUAUCUGACUAUAUUAUUGUUUUGUUGAUAUCCCAUUAAUUAAUUAUAUCGGAUUUUUUCACUGAGAUGGAAAAGGGUACCUUUUUAGUGAAUCUGACUAUAGAAUGUUUUUGCCUUAAUGAUUGAUUGGACUUUAGAAUGUUAACACUCGAGUGAUUUGACAAACCAUACUUUCGAAAUAACUAACAAAUCCAGUUCGAAAAUAUUUGUGGAUGAAAACGAUUAGUUAAAAGAGUGGAAAUUAUAUUUUCCCACUUUCUGGGGCCCUUCAAUAACGGGAACGGUGUAUGGCCUGAUAAAUUGAUAAUGACAAUGAUAUUACACAUUGGGCCCUUCUCACCAAACGAAGGCCCAAUUGGUAAAAAAAAAAAGAAAAUAAUAAUACAACAUAUUAUGCAGUGCUAGACAGACAAUGUAAAAACCCUAAGCCAAUAACUAAACCAAUUGCCAAUUAAUCAAUCAUUAAACAUGUGAAUUUGACAUGGUAAGGAUUUCGAUGAACUUGAUUAAGAUUGCGCGAGUUAUGAAACUGCUGACACGUCUCGAUAAGGAAAUUUAAUUUCGAUUAUUCCAGAGUGCAGUCACAUUCGAUUUCAUAUUCGAGUAUAAAUCGUCGAAAUGAAAAAUCUUGAAUUGA